AGUGAGAUGAAAGAAGUAGAUCGCGAUUUUCUUCCCGCACUGCAGGCGCUCGCUUCUGCUCAUCAAGACGCGACGUCGGCCGCGGCAAGAAGAAAGCUGUUGGAAAGCGUGCGGUCCGUUUGCAAAGGAACCAUGGCCGAGGCACAGCUGCCAUUCACGGACUUUUUUCCCUCACUUCCCGGCAGCACUCAACCUGAGCGCCAACGAAUACAGGACGCGCUAACCGCGUUCGAAACGAGCAGGAGGAGGUUUCUGUCAGAAUCUUCAAGCCCGACAGCGCAUUCCGCAAAAUUGGUUCAUAUCUUCGAACAGGAUUGGCACGAGGAGGAAGACCAGAAAGAGGGCGGCGUAGACGAUAGUACUUCACCCCUUGCCGUACCGCGAAGAACUGAUGAAAGCCCGUCCACCGAUGGUGCUCAUCCUGAGACAAUCGCGCCCUCCGCAAGAUCGCGCGCGCCGACACUCGGGAAGAAGUGCGACGGGCCGGAGAAGACGGCCGCAGAUGAGUGGGGCUGGGAUGAUGACGACGACGAGGCAUGGGAUGACCUUUUGCCGCUACGGGAAAACCAGAAGAAGUCCAAGUCGCCGCAGGCCCCCUCUGCGCCCUCAGCAGAAAAUAAAGCGCAAGCAAAAUCUAAAUCCUCACCUUCCUCACCGAUAAGUAAAGACCACCCUGUUAUUUUCGAGGAGACGGUCGCAAAAACAGAAGAGCAAGUCAAGGACGGCGAUGAUCUUCUAUGGAAUGAGCUGGGAGAUGAAUCGCCUAAAAUCACUGCACAGGAAAGUGCGGCUCCAGCUGCGCCACCUGUAGUUGCGCCAGCUUCUACUCCUGCACCUGCACCUCCGGAUGCACUCAGUAAACCAGCGCUCGUACAAGAGACGAAAUCUGACGCAGGCUGGGACUGGGAAGAUGACGAAGAAGCAGAGCUGAAGUUCGAUGAACCGGCACCGCAGGCGGCCGUAGCUUCUACAGCUUCGCAGGAAGUAGAACAGGAGCAGUUGCAGCCCCCGCCAAUCGCCGCUUCUGAUACCGCAGCUGACGACACAGCGCGACCUGCUUCUUCGCCCGCCUCUUGGCCUGACGACGACGAAGCUUUUGCUGAUUCUCUCCCUCUUCCUGUACAAGAAGACCCUGCUCCUCUUGAAAGCUCCAAGACACGCGAGGAUGAAGCGCCACUCUCACUUCCUCCCGAGCCUGCCCCACCUGUCACGAGCAUGGAGGAAGACCGCAUCGGUGACAAGAAGUCGCCUGCGUCAUCACCGUCAUCUUGGCCGGAAGACUUCAGCGACGCGGGAUUCGCCACGGAGUCUGUUGCUCCCGCCGUUGUAGCAGCACCGGUGGAAGUUCCUUCCCCAACAGUUUUACCUGCUCCAGUUGUGCCUUCAGAGCCGGGUGCUGGUGCGGAUGUUUUGAUCGAGCCCCGGAAAGUACAACAAAUCGAGGAAGCAGCCGCGCCACCAGCCCAGUCGUCUCCGUCCUGGCCCGAAGACGACGAUGAUGCUCCUUUUGCUUCGCUUUAUACACCCGCAAAGUUACCAGAGCUUCUACCUGAAGAUGCGCAGGAGCUGCAAGAACAAAGCGCAAUGCCAGACCAAGACACUCUCCAAAGCCAACCUGCUAUCUCCCCGGUGAUGUCCCAUUUACCCUGGGAACAAGAAGAGCAGAUGGAAGCGUCCAGUGCCGGUAGCCCAAGUCCGACCAGAUUCGCGUCGAUGCGGCUGCCCUGGGAACAGGAUCAGCAGCAAGACGACGGCGACGACGCAGCCGAUAGUACAACACCCAUGCCUCCGUUAGAGUUGGCUGUCCACCCGGACGCCGGCGCUGGAGCGGCUUUGGAAGUCGAUUUGACACAACAGCUGGACGUAGCAGUGGAUCGAGACCUGCAAGAGGACCCACUUUUGCUGUAUCAGCUGGGCGGAGAAAAGGAGAUCACCGAUGCGUCGACGGAAGAUCUCGUCCCCUCAAAACUUCCGUGGGAGGUGGAAAGUGGCGGCGACGAGGACGUUUUGGUGGUGCCGCCGAGUGGAGAAGUUACGACAGCUCUUCCUGCGGGAGAUCUUCCUUUGGCAGAACUACGAGAAGUCAGCAGGUCGCAGCAACCAAGCGCGCUGGGAGGAGCUCUGGCACCACCAAAACCUGCUGGAGAUGACGACGGUUGGGAUUUUAGCGACGACGAUGAACAACAGCUUGCGGUGGGGCCGCAGGAAGCUUCAGGUGAGAUGGCGUUGGCGAAGAACCAUGACAGAGAUUCCAAGAAUCCUCUAGCGGCGCCAGACGACUUUUCCAAGAAAACAGCGAAUGGCACAACUACGCGCUUAUCGUGCGACUCCGAAAAUAUCAGGGAAAGUGACCGCAUUCCGGAGAUGCCAGCAGAACGGGUGACAGAAGAGGUUGAGGAAGAUUCGGCAUUACUUCUACAAGACGUCACACCGACGAACAACCUUCAAACGGCAGCGACCAACUUUGGACUCGACGACUUGCUGAAUCAAACGUCGCUGGAUUUCGACAAUUUACCAACUCUCCCACCGGAUCUCGGAUCCGAAACGCAAGCGUUGCACUUCACCGAAAGAACUUUGGAUCAGGCUCAGCAGCAGGAGAGCGCUGAGAAUGAGAAAGAAGUGCAACGACCUGCUCCACCCCAACCUGCAGCGAGUACUAGCGAAACCAACAAAGCCGUGCCUGCUUCGAAGGUUAGCGAUGAUCUUCCCUGGGACGAUAUGUUUUCAGACGACGACAAAAAUGACGGACCCACGGCAAUUCAACGCGUCAGAACGUCAACACCGUCGAAGUCCUCCAAGCCGGGUGAGUACUUGUUUGAAGACGAUGAGGUUGGACAGGUGACCGAAGCUCCUGCUCCUCACCAGCAGAACGGAGAACAACACCAGCAGAGAAUACCAAACUCGACAUCCCAGCAAGCCAACGGCUAUCACAGCGACACAACACCUACACCAAAAUCGCCGAGUAAGGACGCGCGGGAGUUUCUCGACCGCUUUGCGGAGAACACCGUGCACGACGAGGUUGCAGCCAUUGCAGGCGUGAUCGGCGACGGUGUCGCGGGGAUGAUGAACGUGUUCGGACGGACGUUUCUCGGCCCGGAAGAUCAUUUGCAGGACGGCACCCCCGACUUCGAAGACGUGGAGAGUGCGCUGCAGGCCGCGGUGCUUAAGCUUUCCGUCCUGAGCAACAAUUGCGGCGACCAGGUGCGUGUUUCUCUCUACGAGCAGGCGGGAGUAAGUCCGUUUAUUGAGCUCCUCCAGGUCGUGCAGGUGUUGCAGCAAUGCCAGGAGUACAUCCAACCCCAUUCACAGCACUUCGCCCGGUUCCGCCAACUGCUCUUCCACUACUUGGGCCGGACGGAAAAGCGCCACUUGCAGCAGGAGCACGAUGCGAGUCAGAAGAGAAAGCUUGCAGCAGAUGAGGAAAACAACUCUGGUGCAACGCCGCUCGGGAAUUUUCUCGGCGCUCAAGGCUUCUUCUCCGCCAUCCAGGAGCAGAUAUCUGGGGCAGGCGGUUCUACCGACAAGGAGGAUGAUCAGCACGAUUUCAAUCUCCUUCUGCGCGAAAUCGCGGUCUUGCUGCGCGAGCUGUUCUACGACGAAAUCCUGGCUUGCGCGCCCCGCGACUGCGUCUACAUGGUGUGUUUGGCCGUCCAAGACCUCCCGGCGCAGAACCUCCUGUAUCAGUACUGCGGCGUCACCGCAUCCGGGCUCGCGCGACACGCACUCAUCAGCACAGGCCGACCCUCGCUGCAAGCGAUCAUCAACGCAGGCGAGAAUGAAUCUGAAACACUAAACGAGGAUGAUUCUGAAGCCGAGCUGCUCUGCGCGAUGCUUCUGCCGUAUCUAAGCGACACGGGGGACUGGGUGCAGGUGAUUCGCAGUUGCGCAGCGAAAGCGGUUUUCCCCUCGGUAAAACGCCACCUGCAAAUGCAGUUGGAAACCCGCCUUGCCGACCCUGCUAUGGACGAUCAUGUGCUGACGUACGAGCUGCGAAAGCGAGAUUUCGAAAUCUCUGCAGUGCAAGCCUUCGAACAGCUCUACGGAACUGUCGGAGCGGUAGCAGUUGCCGACAACGGCAGCGGAGGGCCAGGAGCAGCGGGCGGGCCAAGGACAAGUGUAUCCAACUUGCUCGCACUUGCGCCAGACGCGCGACUCGGGCGAGUGCUUGAGCAGGUAGGGAAACAGCAGGGGCUGUCCUCUGACGAUGUUCAGGAUUUCAUGACCGGAUGAAACGCGCUCGCGCAGAUCAGAAAAAGCUCUUCAAGAAACCCAAACCUCCUUUUCCCUCACAGCGACCACAACCCAUAUUCACGCGCAACCUUGAUGCUUCAGGUUCAGAAGUUUACGCUAACGCAUACAUAGACGCAAUAAAGACACAAACCAGUGCUUCACGA